AUGCUGAACACAACAUUGACGUUGGAUCGAACAUUUCCGGGGCCCGGACCCAACGCUCUAAUAGACUCCGACUCCAUGCCGUCACUCCAACGCAGUGGCACAGAAGAUGGCAACCUGCGCGGAGCCCGUGCCGCGGUGACUGAGGCCCGAAUCAAGAUGCGCAUCCCCUGCGAUGGCACGGGUUGCAGGUGUCGCAGUGGUUGCAAGACUGCGACAUGCAAAUGUCGCAAAUCCGAAAUGGAAUGCAGGCCGGACUGCAAAUGUUUCGGACCGGACCACGAUUGCUUCAAAUGCGAAAAUCCGUACAACAACCUCCUGGAUCUGUUUGGAGGCGAGUGCACUAGCCGAUCGCUCUUCUCCGACGCAAUCCACAAGUAUACCGGACAUACACCGAACGCUUGUUUCAAGCUUUGGCUGAAGCAGAGGAGCAACCUGGAGAACGGGGUCGUUGACAUUGAGAAAUUGGAAGAGAAGAUAUCCGCCGACUGCGAUGCAUUUAAGCAGGAUGUAGAACUUCGAGCAUGGCGAGACGAGAGGAACCGAAUUGAGGAGGGACUCGCACAUGAGAACGUAGAUGGGAACGAGAUUGAGGAAGACCUCGCACAUGACGACGAUGAUGAGUAUGACGAAGAGUAUCUAGAGUGGUGCGAGGAAUACAACAUGCAGCUCCUGCGGGUAUAUGCUCUCUCCACCUCCAGACCCCGUGGAGAAGCAGCAGAGGUCACGGACGACAACGUGCCCCACAUCUGGUCGUUCUGCUGCGAUCGCUGGGUCGAUGCCAACAGAAUCCGACACUGCGAGGACUGUGACAACUGCUUCGAGGACGCCUGGCACUGUGCUCGCUGCAAAAAGUGCGUGGUUGGAAGGAAGCUUGCAUGUAUGGAGUGCGGAGGCGUGCCGAGAGCCGGCAUCGAUGAACAAGCUGCAAGCAAGGCUCAUACUGCGAAGCCUGCGAACGGUCGAGUCCCGAAGCGUCCGCGGAAGUCAACCGUGAAGGAGAGGCAGAUGACCGAGGCGUCCGUCUAUGCGCCAGAUGGCAUCGAGAAGUGCACAUGCGACUGCGAGGAUUCUUGCAAGACGGCCAAAUGCAUCUGCCGUGAAUGGGGAGGCGGCUGCAAAGCUGGUUGUUCGUGUCGAAAUGCGGACGCCCAGGACUCAAGUGCUGCUGUCUUGCCCAGCGGAUCGAGCUUCAACUGCUGGAACCCUUUCAACACCGUACUGCCAAAGUUCUUCGGAGACGGACACGAUCAAUGGAUGGCGAAUCCGUGCUUCACCCACUUCAUCAACCGAGCUUCCCCCAAAGCUUUCAAUCUCACCACCGGUGGUCUCGAGAAACUCCUACUGAAGGACAAGCUGCCAUUCGAGAUCUUCACACCGGAUGAGCUCGCAGCGUGGAACACCAAGCUCCCCUCACUCCCAGCCGGAUCCCAAGAGCGAGCAAACCACAUGCAAUGGUUCUUCCGCCACGUGCUCGGCGAGAAAUGUGAUCCGAGUGGCUCCAAACACGGCGCAUGGUGGAGAUGGUCUUUCUGCAUCGAUGGCUGGAACGAGGGCGGGAAUCAUCAUCACUGUACCGAAUGUGGAGAAUGCGCUUAUACCAAGCACGUGUGGCAUUGCACCGUCUGCAACAAGUGCAGAGACAACAUCUUCCAGCCGUGUAAGAAGUGCGGUGGAGUAUCGAAUAUGUAUGAGAUGGGGGUUGAGAAGCCGUGGUUGAUGGACUGA